CGAUUACCGCUGCCUAAACGGCGUUCCACUGUAGUUUCUCACGCGACUUUCACAAACACAAUAGUUCCACGAUUGUGAAGAGAUGGUGCUUUGCGUUGUGUACCCGCGAUCUGUGCAUGAAUAAACGUCAACUAUCGGAAAAUAACAAUAAACCAGCAACACAACGUGCACCGGCUGCAAUAUACCUGUUAUUUAAUAACUUUACAGCUUAAACUGAGCGAGAUGUUUUCAAUUGUAAUUCGCGGACUGCGAUCUACGUUUCCACGGCAAUCUUUGGUUAUUAAUACUUCGUCCCAUUUUCAUCGUUCGAUUGUUUAUAAGGCCGAAGAUGUGGAAAGAGUUCAAAAGGCUAAAAUAAGUAAAGCAAUGAAGGCUUAUUUAGAACGAGCCAAAGAAUAUGAAAGUUGUAUGGAAACUGCACGACUAGAGUACAAGCUUGGUAAAAGACAUCUGGCAAACAUGAUGGGAGCAGACGUGGAAACCUUUACCCAACAAGACAUCGACCAGGCGGUGCAAUAUUUGUUUCCGUCUGGCCUGUAUGAUCCGGCAGCACGGCCGACAAUGAAACCUCCGGAAGAAUUUAUUCCUAGAAAAAAGGGCGCUGAAUUCGAUGAAGCUGGUCGACCAUUCCAUCCUUUAUUUUACACGGGGCGUCCGAACUUCUUUCAAUUGCUGUUUGAAGUGGUUGAAAAUAUUAACAAAAUGAACGCACUAGAGGAUUCAACACGAUUGAAAGGCAAAUCUUUGGAUUCAGUGGGAAAGAAAAUAGACACCACCGGAUCUGAAUGGUUGCCAAAAGAAUUGCUGGAAAAGAAAAUUGUGGAAACAAUUUCCGACAUUGAAUACGACAAUUUCAUCAGUGCAAUGAAUCGCCUCGAAGCUCAUCCACUGUCUGAUCGUGUGAAAGAUUUUGUGUUUGAAUAUAGAAAACCACUAAUUUCGAAACUCGACAACGAUACCAUCCCUGUACCGCAACAAGACGAAGAUGGGCGGCAGUGUGUAACAAUAUAUGAAUGCUUGCGUAAAACAGCACGCGGGGAUGUGACGCUUAAAUUUCCAGGAACUGGGAAAAUUGAAGUAAACGGACAAGACCUUCGCAGUGUAGGAAAUACACAACAACGCGAACAGGUUAUGGGCCCAGUAUCGUCCUAGUGUGAGUUCAAAGUAGCGAAGAUUAUUUUCGAAGUCCUUGAAAAAGUUGUGAAUUUCUUGAAAACUGUUUUUUGAAUUCCUAGAAAAAUUUUCCCGAAAAAGACGUACGAUCUGUGGAAGUUUCGUGUUAAAACUCAGAUGUCAGAUUUGAAGGAGAUGUUGAAAGGCGAUGAGCCAACGGAUGCAACGCAGCAAGCAGUUUUUAGAGAAAAGGACGAAAAAGCUAAGGCGCUGCUAGUUACGUUCAUCGCUGAUUCACAUCUGGAAUACGUGCGUGACAAGGUAACUUCUUACCGCAGGACUCCACACAGCAUAACACGGAGCGCAACAUAACAACUGACAGCUGCCAAACGCUUCAGAAAACGCUUCUUUGCUGGUAACAUAUUGUGAAUAUCCUUAGUAGGCAGCUCACUGCUCGUACAAAAGCUACCAACCUACUGCGAAGACCGACAGUUAAUGAAACGCUUUACCUCCUUUCCCAAGCGUUUUGGGAAGCGUUCGGCAGCUGUCAGUUGUUAUGUUGCGCUCCGUGUUAUGCUGUGUGGAGUCCUGCGGCUAGGAAAUGUGGACACCCUAGAGUCUUCUCACAUUUGCGAAGAAAGGAUUCGCGUGUCAAAACUACGUGCGAAGAUCGCUUGCAGUGUUGAAGAUGUCGGAAGGAAUGCUACUUAUGGAUCAUUUUCGAGUGUUUGAUCAGUUAAUUCGCCAGUUAAAAGAGGCUGGAGCAACUGUAUCAGAAACGGACAUGAUAAGUCAGCUGUUCAUGUCAUUGCCGUAUUCAUAUGAUGCAUUGGAAAACAUCGAGGAAAACCACUUGAAGUUGGACAUAGUGAAGGCACGGUUAUUGGCUGAGGAACAAAAGCGAUCCGGAAGAGAAAAUGGCGUUAGUGUGGAUUCUGGAGCAGCGUUUGCAGCAAAGUCCACAAAAUAAAAAGUCAUGUUUCAAG